UCUUAAUUGUCCCAGUGCCUGAAUUUAAUUGUUGUUUCCAAAUAAAAUCAUCAUCUAAUUUAUUGGUAUUACUAAUAGAGGUAUUUAAAUCUAAACACUUGAAUAAUCAUGGAUGAAGAAUAUGAUGCCAUCGUUUUGGGUACUGGACUAAAAGAAUGUAUCAUUUCUGGUAUGCUCUCUGUCUCUGGUAAAAAAGUUCUCCAUAUUGACCGAAACAAGUAUUAUGGAGGUGAAUCAGCCAGUAUUACCCCAUUAGAAGAUCUGUUCAGUAAAUUUGGCAAUGAAGUGGCCAGUCUGGAUGAAUUUGGAAGAACUCGAGACUGGAAUGUUGAUCUAAUCCCUAAAUUUCUUAUGGCUAAUGGUUUACUGGUAAAAUUAUUGAUUCACACUGAGGUUACCAGGUACCUUGAGUUCAAAGUUAUUGAAGGAUCUUACGUUUACAAGGGAGGAAAAAUCUUUAAAGUACCAGCUGAUGAGAAAGAAGCUUUAGCUUCAAGUUUAAUGGGAAUGUUUGAGAAACGUCGAUUCAGAAGUUUCCUUUUGUUUGUCAAAGACUUUAACAAGAAUGACAAGUCAACCUGGAAAGACGUUGAUCCAAACAAAACAACCGCUGCUCAAUUGUAUGAGCAUUUCAAUUUAGACAAAGAUACUGCUGAUUUUACAGGUCAUGCUUUAGCUUUGUAUCGAGAUGAUGAUUAUCUUUACAAACCAUGUGCUGAUUUGAUUGAAAGAGUUCGACUUUACAGUGAAUCAUUGGCACGAUACGGUAAAAGUCCUUACCUUUACCCUCUAUAUGGUUUGGGUGAACUUCCUCAAGGUUUUGCUCGUCUCUCUGCCAUUUAUGGCGGUACCUACAUGUUGGACAAACAGGUUGAUGAGAUCGUCAUGGAAAAUGGUAAAGUAGUUGGUGUCCGAUCUGGUAAUGAGAUUGCUCGAUGUAAGCAAGUCUAUUGUGAUCCUAGCUAUGUAACCGAUCGAGUAAAAAAGGUUGGCCAAGUGAUUCGUUGUAUCUGUUUACUCAACCAUCCAAUUCCGAAUACCAAAGAUUCUCUCUCCUGUCAAAUUAUCAUUCCCCAAAAGCAAGUUGGUCGUAAAUCUGAUAUUUAUGUUUCUAUGGUAUCAUAUACUCAUCAAGUUUCAUCAAAGGGUUGGUUCAUUGCUAUGGUAUCAGCUUUUGUUGAGACCAACAAUCCUGAAGGAGAGAUUAAACCAGGUUUGGAUCUUCUUGGCCCAAUAAAGCAAAAAUUUGUCGCCAUUUCGGACAUUUACAAGCCGGAUGACAAUGGAUUGGAAAGCCAAAUAUUUAUCUCGGAAUCAUUUGAUGCUACAACUCAUUUUGAAACAACCUGUCUCGAUGUGUUGGAUAUUUACAAGAGAGGAACCGGUGAAGAGUUUGACUUUUCCAAAGUAAAACGUAAUUUGGAUGAUGAUGAGCAACAUUAAAGAAAAUUUUCAAAUACAUAAAAUCCACAAUUUUGGAAAUACAGAAAAAAAUAAAUCAACAAGUAUCAAAAAUCAUCCGUUAGUAUUCAGCAUGGCUUCAAGAAGAAAACAAUUUUCAAAUCAAAGGCUCUGAAUGGCACAAGGAAACUCCAAAUAGCAAAAGAAGAUUCAAUAUAUUCGCUAUCUUUUCUUCUAAUCUUUUCCCUUUUGUCUUUACUCCUUGAAUUCUCUUCCACUCUCUCUCUCUCUCUCUCUCCCUAACCCAUACAAACAAAAAGUUCUCUGUCCCUUUAAACCCGGUCUCAAGUCUAAAUUCACACUCUAAUCUAUCUUCUAUCUCACCUUUUCUCUCCCUAUCUACAAGAAAACAAAACUCUCAUGUUGAAAGAUAUUAAUCUAAUAAUAUUAACGGUGUUGUAAAUGGAUUCAAAUAACUGCUUGUCCUUUUCUUUCACCAAAAUCCCAAUCCCGCUCCAAGUAAUUUUCGCCCUCAGUAUUUGCAAAUGAUAUUUUCUUUUUCUCCUCCAGUCAAAAACAGAAAAUCGUAAUCACCUGAAAUGCGAAAAAAAGAUAAAUAUCUCAACAGGUAAAUUCUCAUUUUCUGUUUUGGAUGUUGUAUUUUUCUCUUUUGUUUUUCUAUUUUCUCACCUUCUCUUAAUUUCUAUUCUUUUUUCCCACUUGUGUAUGUCUUAUAUUUUUCUUUCUUUCUUUUCUCUUUAUAUCUUUGUACUGUCUCAAUCAUUCUGUCGUCUGUGUAUCAACAAUCAAUUCCUCUUAAUGGAAAAGUAAAUGUGUAUUGGGUUGAUUAAUCUCUCUCUCUACUACUGUACUUUAA